AUGGCAACAAAAGCAGAGCAAAUACCUCUGUUAGUGGAUUACAACUUCACUGAGCCAGAAAAACAAAACCAGUUUCUAACAUGCUCAUGUUCAACCAUAAUUGCAGAAGUCAAAUCCCUCUUGUUCCUAGCGUUCCCCAUAGCCCUAACAGCUCUCAUUUUCUAUUCCCGUUCCAUGGUAUCCAUGUUAUUCCUUGGCUACCUCGGAGACCAGGAACUCGCGGCGGGUUCUCUAGCCAUAGCCUUCGCAAACAUAACCGGCUACUCGGUCCUCUCCGGUCUGGCUCUGGGAAUGGAGCCUCUCUGCACACAAGCCUUCGGGGCAAAGCGUCCCAAGGUGUUGUCGUUAACCCUUCAGCGAUGCGUGAUCUUCCUAUUGGUGUGUUCCAUUCCAAUCUCAGUGCUGUGGCUAAACAUGUCGACAAUCCUCUUGAGCUUGCACCAGCAACCAAACAUCACAAGAAUGGCUCACACCUACCUCGUCUUCGUUCUCCCAGACCUCAUCACCAACUCAUUCGUACACCCAAUCCGCAUUUACCUUCGCGCGCAGGGAAUCACACACCCUCUCACCUUAGCGUCCCUCGCUGGAACCCUCCUUCAUUUCCCCUUUAACUACCUUCUCGUCACGCGGCUCCGCCUCGGCGUCGCCGGAGUAGCCGCCGCAUCCGCCGCUUCCAACCUCUCCAUCCUUAUCUUCCUGGUUGCGCAUGUCUGGAUAACAGGCUUGCAUAAGCCAACGUGGACGGCGCCGAGCCGAGAAUGCUUGAGCGGCUGGAUGCCAUUGCUUCGGCUCGCCGCGCCGAGCUGCGUGUCCGUUUGCUUGGAAUGGUGGUGGUAUGAGAUCAUGAUCGUUUUGUGUGGGCUCCUUGUGGACCCCACCGCAACCGUCGCUUCCAUGGGGAUCCUCAUCCAAACAACGUCCUUCAUCUACGUGUUUCCUUCCUCCCUCAGCUUCGCGGUCUCCACCCGGGUCGGGAAUGAACUCGGGGCGAACCGCCCUUUUCGGGCCAAGUUAUCCGCCGUCCUUUCGGUCUUCAUCGCCGUCAUAAUUGGCUUCUCCGCCUUGUUGUUCGCCACGGGGAUGAGACGCGGCUGGGGACGGAUGUUCACCGCCGAUGAGGAUAUCCUGCGGCUGACCUCCUUGGCGCUUCCGAUCCUGGGUCUUUGCGAGCUCGGGAACUGCCCCCAGACGGUGGGGUGCGGUGUCGUUAGAGGUACGGCGCGGCCGAGCAUGGCGGCGAACGUGAACCUGAGCGCGUUUUAUUUGGUGGGGAUGCCGGUGGCGGUUGGGCUUGCGUUCUGGCUGGAGGUUGGGUUCUGCGGGCUCUGGCUUGGCCUGCUUUCGGCCCAGGUCUGUUGUGCGGGGCUGAUAUUGUAUGUGAUCGGGACCACCGAUUGGGAUUUUGAAGCCCAGCGGGCCCAGCUACUGACGUUGGUCGAUUACGCGGGUAAUGAAUCGGGCGGUGAUGAUGGAAUCAUGGACGGCAACAAACAGCCAUCGACCGUUGAUGAAAAUCAAACCCCCAUACUCUCGCUGAUGGUGUAA